UAAACCUCUGGCAUUGAGCUCUCUCCACUGAGGCAAUGAGGCAAGCAGUAACCGCCACUCUGUCAGUGUGGGGCGAGAGGCGUUUCGGCUACUCCACCCUCAAGGACUCCAGCGAAUCUCUGCUGGACGAGCGCAAGCUGAGGCCUGGCCUUAAAGAAGACUCUGUUAUUGAAGAGAAGGAGAGAGCAGAGAAUGAGCAGGAGCAGCUGGAGGCCGUGCUGGGACUUCCAUCGUCCCCUGUGGAGGACACCCACCAAACAGGCACCACAGAGCCCUCAGACGCCACGCUGGAGUCAUGCCAGGCCCAGAAAAAGAGCGAUGAGAUGGAGGCGUCUCUACUGUCUGGCCCCAAGAACAUUGAUUCUGGGAGGAAGGGGUCUCUUGGUGCUUUGCCAGUGCAGCGCUGCAGUUCCCUGGGCACUACGGCCCCCCCAAUGGGUCCCUGAUUCCCAGGCACCAGCAUGCAUGAAAUGUGGAUCCAAAUUCUCCUUCACCAAAAGACGUCAUCACUGCAGAGCAUGUGGGAAGGUUUUUUGUGUGGUGUGCUGUGAUCUGAGAUACAAACUCACUCACCUGGGUGGGAAAGAGGGUCGCGUUUGUGUCACCUGUCAUUCAACUUUGAUUAAUCGCACACUUCGAAAGGACCAAAAGAAGGUUUGGUUUGCAGAUAAUGUCCUUCCUCAAUCUGAAAGUAGAAGUGCCAACAGUUCUCCUAUACACAGGAGUGUGUCCCACACACAGAGCGCUGAACUCGCUCAGGCGGAUGUGUCUGACCUUAGAGCAGCAGAAGUCAGUGGUCUCAGUAGCAACACGAAGCCCACUCCACCAAAGGAACUUCCCCCCAUUCUGACAUCAACUGGGGUCAAAGGAGACUAUACACUGGAGGAGAAGAGAACAGAGUCGUCGCUCUUAGAGGAGUUGGAGAGAGGUCUUGCAGAGCCUUUGGUGUUUGUGCUUAAUGCAAACCUUCUGGCCGUGGUGAAGAUCGUCAGCUAUGUGAACCGACGGUGCUGGUGCGUAAUGUCGAAGGGCAUGCAUGCUGUUGGACAGCCUGAGGUGGUCAUUCUACUGCAGUGUUUGCCAGAGGAGAAGAGAUUCCCGACGGAUAUUUUCAAUCAUUUCAUUCAGAUCUACUGGGAUGCCCAAACAGCAGGGAAGCUUCUGAAUCACCUCAGUCACUCUUUGGUGUCCCGAGGGUUUCUGGGUAAUAAUGAGCAUGCUGGAUUUGUUUACGUGCGUCCGACGUUCCAGUCUCUGGAGGGCCUGCCGUUACCUGCACCACCAUUCCUGUUCGGGCUGCUCAUGCUUCGUGCUGAGGUUCCAUGGGCCAAAGCAUUUCCCCUGAGACUCAUGUUGCGUCUAGGAGCCGAGUAUAGAUUCUACCCCUGUCCCUUGUUCAGUGUGCGCUUCAGAGAGCCUCUAUUUGGACCUGUUAACAACAGCAUAAUGAGACUCUUAGUGGAUUUCCGUUUUUACCGUUACACAUUGCCGACAGUUCCUGGGCUUGUGGUUGAUUUAGAGGCCAGAAGCACCUGUAUAAGAAUACCUAAAACACGUCAUCCAGAGCUGCUGAAGGCUCUGAAUAAGUCUAAUGAGAGAGUGCUGGCUCUAGGCGCCUGCUUUAAUGAGCAGGCCGACUCUCAUCUCAUUUGCGUGCAGACGGCAGAUGGACAGUACCAGACCCAGGCCAUCAGCAUUCACAGCCAGCCACGCAGAGUCACCGGCUCAUGUUUUUUCGUGUUCAGUGGAGCACUCAAACCUUCUUCAGGGUACUUGGCCAAGUCCAGCAUUGUGGAAGAUGGUUUGAUGGUGCAGAUCACCAUGGAGACCAUGGCUGAGUUACGUCGAUGCCUGCGGGACAUGAAAGACUUCACAGUGACCUGUGGAAAACUCCACCCAGCAGAGAGACAGGAAUAUGUGCACAUUCAGUGGCAGGAUGAAGAGCCGCGCUUUAAUAAAGGCAUCGUCAGCCCCAUUGAUGGAAAGUCUAUGGAGUCUCUCACAAACAUCAAGACCCAUCAGCGCUUAGAAUUCAGAGCCAAUGGGAAGCUCAUACGCUGGACAGAGGUGUACUACUUGCUGAAAGAGCAGCAUCCAAAUGGUCUUAAUAAUCACACCAGCCAUAACCGUCUAACAGAACGUCUUGCCCGGGCAUUCUGCCUGGCACUGUGCCAGUCUCUCUGUUUGCUGAAGGAGGACGGCAUGACCAAACUGGCACUGAGAGUGAUCCUGGAUGGACAGAAGAUGGAGUUUUUGGCAGGCAGUAACGGCCAGCGCCUUCCAGCCCCGUACCAGGACUGUCUGAACCAAUCGUUAAUGUCUGUGGUGCAGAGUAACUCUCAGUACCAGGGUCUCGCCGCCUGCCAGCUGGAGCUCAUCUUCUAUAUUCUGGAGGACACGUCAUAGAGACGGACGGACCACCUACUGUCACAUGUGCCAAUACUUGCAGAAACCUCAUGAGCAUAACCUUGGAGUUCAGUAUCAUUUGAGCGUGGAAUGUGGUAGAUCUUCCCAUGGGGCAGCUUAUUUUUAGUAGUUUAGUCAAUACCCUACUGCUCACUGUGAAUCGAUCUGGGGUUAGAACAUUGAAAGGUUUUAAGAACUACUAACAGUCAUAACUAGAGGUCGACUGAUCGUUUGUUUUUGCUGAUUGAUUAACAUCUCAUGGAACUAUCAUUUAAAGCAGUGGUUCUCAACCACGUUCCUGUAGGACCACCAACACUGCAUGUUUUGGAUGUCUCCUUCGUCUGUCACACCCAUUACAGAUCUUUGCUAAUGAGCUGAUGAUGUGAAUCAGGGGUGUUUGGUUAAGUAGACAUGGAAAAUGUGCAGAGCUGUUGGUCCUCCAGGAAUAUGGUUGAGAAACACUAAUUUAAACACUCCACUUUUUGUAAACAGGCUAACUUUACUACUCCCCUAGAGUUAAACUGUUGAGUUUUACCAUUUUUGAAUCCAUUCAACCAAUCUCUGGGUCUGGCAGAAGCACUUUUAGCGUAGCUCAGCGUAGAUAACUGAAUCCGAUUACACCGUAAGAUCAAAUAGUUUUGAUAAUUUUCCUGUUUAAAGCUUCACUCUUCUGUAGAACAUUGUGUACUAAGUUGCUAUUUUGUAGGCUGGUAUGCUAGAAAAUAUACUCUCAAUAUGGUGUAAUAAUCAAGGAAUUUUGCUGCUGUACCUUGGUUGCAGCCGGCGCACUGAUAUUACACAACACCUGAAACAUUAGCAAACUUCCAUCAAUUGAACCAAUGUGCCCACUAUGGAGACAUUUGUGGGAGAUGAUUCAGAACUAUUUUUUGACACUGCGUAACAUCUUUGUGCCUGCUUCAGCCAUGGUGGUACAUCAGCAAAGUUGAUUAUUACACUGGAAUGAGACUACAGAAGAGACCAGCUUUGAACUCUUUGGUCAUUUGAGCAAGAUGAUAAUGAGCAAAUUGUAAGUGAACUUUCAUUUUUGGGUGAACAAUCCCAUUAAGCAAUUAGUGAAGUUUAUCUAUAAACUAAUUUCGCGAGGAUCACAUGCUUAUGAUUGAUCACAGCUGGUCCCGCAUUAGCCAAUUUAUGACUCGCCAAUAAGAAAAUUCCUAAGUCCCCAUAAAUAACCUAAGUUCCAAACCACAGUCAUCUUCAUUUUGAAGAAUUCUCCCCUCCUCCUCCUUUCCUAGAUGGGUGGCACGGCAGCCCAGUGGUUAGCACUGUUGCCCCACAGCAAGAACGUCACUGGUUCUAGUCCUUACCAAGCCAGCCGCCGUUUCUGUGCAGAAUUUACAUGUUCUCCCUGUGCUUGCGUGGGUUUCCCUCGGUUUCCUCCCACCAUCCAAAAACAUGCAACUUAAGCUAAUUAACUGAUCCAAAUCAACACCAUAGACAUGUUCCUAGUAAGUAGUUAGCCCUUCAUAACAAUCCCUAAUUGCUCAUUAGCUAUAAACAGCAGGGGAGUUAUUGAGAUCUACCUGAGCUCAAACUCAAACCUCUGGCCCUGGAAACAGGAGGGAGCCCUGGGCUCGAUGAUCUUAUGAGCUGUGUUCUCUCCUGGGACAGCAUGCCAAACUCACUUUAUAAUCAAUCAUCAGCUAAGUGUGAAUUCUUGAAACUUCAAUUACAGUAGUUUAAAAUUGAUUAGUAAUUCUACUAAAAAGUGAGUAAACCCCUUGCCUUAAAAGUGACAAGUUGACUUAACUUAAACUGAGUAUCCUAAACCUGUUGUUACUUGAAACUGUUAAGUUGACAAAAUUUCAUAUUUAUGCACAAUCAUUCACUGAAACUUAAUGGGUUUACUCACUUUUAAGUACACUACCUGACAAAAAUCUUGUUGCUUAUCCAAGUUUUAGGAACAACCAAUAAUAACUUGACUUCUAUCUGACCAUUUGGUAUCAGAAGUGGCUCAUAUGAAAGGCAAAGGUUUCUAGAUUACGCUUAUUUUACCAAAAUAAAAUAUGAUCAUGCCUUGAUUUUUAAUUAGAACAGUAAGGUCUGACUUUGCUUGGACAAAAGUCUUUUCACUCAACUGAAAUAAUGUCCAGUAUAGAAUAUAAAGUCAUGGUACAGUGGAAAAAGAAUUUAUAUUGUGUAUGACUCCCAUGAGCUUGGAGGACUGCAUCCAUACAUCUCUGCAAUGACUCUAAUAACUUAUUAAUAAAGUCAUCUGCAAUGGCAAAGUAAGCGUUCUUGCAGGACUCCCAGAGUUCACCAAGAUUCUUUGAAUUCAUCUUCAUUUAACCCCAGACAUGCAUAAUGUUAAUGUUUGGUGACUGGGCUGGCCAAUCCUGGAGCACCUUGACCUUCUUUGCUUUCAGGAAUUUUGAUGUGGAGGCUGGAGUAUGAGGAGGAGCGCUAUCCUGCUGUAGAAUUUGCCCUCUCCUGUGGCUUGUAAUGUAACCGGCAGCACAAAUGUCUUGAUACCUCAGGCUGUUGAUGUUGCCAUCCACUCUGCAGAUUUCUCGCAUGAAAUGUAACCCCAAACCAUGAUUUUUUCCCUCACCAAACUUGACUGAUUUCUAUGUGAAUCUUGGGUCCAUGCAAGUUCCAAUAAGUCUUUUGCAGUAUUUGUGAUGCAAUUCAACAGAUGAUUCAUUGGAAAAAUCUACCUUCUGCCACUUUUCCAAAUGAUCAACUAAAAGUCAAAUUAUUAUUUGUUGCUCUUACAACUGGGAUUUAUGACAAGACUUUUGUCAGGUAGUGUAGUAAACUAAUCGCUUUUUUAAAAAAGAGAGUUAACCUGUUACUUUUAAAAUCAAUGCAUUUUAAAGUGAAGUUAUCCACAUACAUCAGCAAAACUGUUAUCGGUCGACCUCUAAUCAUCACCAACAGAUCAUCUGUGACAAAUAAAAAGUAGCUGUCUGUAGUUUACAGUCUGGACUUCUUCUAGAGACCUCGACUUGGUCAGAAAAGAUUUAGAAAAUUAAAGGGUUAGUUCACUCUAAAAUUAAAAUGAUGUUAUUAAUUACACAACCUCACGUCGUUCCAAACCCCAAGACCUUUGUUUGUCUUCAAAACACAAAUUAAGAUGUCCCGAUUCAUUUAAGGUCCAGAAAAACACCAUAAAUCAUCUUUAAAACAAAUCUAAAUGUUAUCAAGCUUCAAGAAUACAUCGGUGCACACUUAAAGACUCCAACACCCAGCAAACAAUUUUGUGUUUAAUAGACGUCUAAUAGACAUCUAAAUGUAGACAGCUUGGCUAAAACAAGGCUAAACUUGGGCUGUCAGUGAAAAUCUAAUCGACAUCUAAGA